UCUCCAAAAAUCAUGCUGUUUCAGGCGGUUUCCGUCCUCCCUACCCACGUUUCCUGCUUUCUCCUCCCCAACCGCCCCAGGUCACCCACUAUAAAUCCUCCCCUACCCAGCAUCAUCAAGGCCUAGCUCUUUCCUAUUUUGCAUAUCGGUUAUCAAGGGUUUCUUUAUUUCUUUGGAUCUCCUUCCACACGUCGCGGCUCUCUGUGCCAUACAUACACAAAUCAACCUUCUCUGAUCUCUUAUGGUUUCUCUCCCACUGCAACUGAAGAAGAAUUUGUGAACCACAUCAUGACAGAGCAUAUUUGAGUUUCAGGGGAAGAGAUUCCAGUGUACCACAAUUAGACUGGUGAGUACAGUCUUCUAAAUGGUUGAAUUCAUCUUCUUCUCUAAUGGCUAAUCAGGUUGAUUUCUUUUACUAAUUUUGAUUGGGGAAUGUGUUAGUGAUAUAUUGACUUUUUUCUGAUAUGGGGAUUGGAUAUAAUGGAAUGGGUGGGUUCCUAUUAAGGUAUAAUUAUGUGGUGUGGAGACUUGUCUUAAAUAGGUUGCCAACUGCUGUGAAUUUGGUCCAAAUAAACAUUAAUAUUCCAGACAUAAGGUGCAAGGUAUAUUACAUCUGAUGUUUUCAUUUUUAGUAUUCUCUUUUUUUUCAUUUUUUUAUGUGCUACAGAUGCUAUGCUGGAAAACCACUUACAGAAGGGCAUUCAUGUGAAUUUUGGGUCUUCUUUAGUGGGAUGCAUCUAUUGGAAAAACAAUUACUACUUUUAUCAGAUUCUUUACAGUGAUUAAGUUACAAUUAUGUCGAGCACCAAUGGUCAAGUGAUUCGAUGCAAAGCCGCGUGGCAUGGGAACCCGGAAAGCUGCUGGUGAUCGAAGAAGUGGAAGUGGCGCCACUGCAGAAAAUGGAUGUCCGAAUUAAGAUCCUCUUCACUUCCCUUUGCCACACUGAUGUUUACUUCUGGGAAGCCAAAGGGCAAAAUCCUGUAUUUCCAAGAACUUUAGGACAUGAAGCUGGAGGGGUUGUGGAGAGUGUUGGGGAAGGAGUGAAUGAUCUACAGCCAGGGGAUCAUGUUCUUCCUGUUUUCACCGGAGAGUUCAAAGAGUGUGCUCACUGUAAGUCCGAAGAGAGCAAUAUGUGUGUGUGCGCGCGUGUGUAUAAUGAAUAAAAUAGCGAUACCAGCCAAAACACUAUAGAUUGGUUUUUGUAUAGAAGGUAAAAAACAUCCUUGACUGGGGUUCCGACUAGACAUCAUAGUUUAUAUGAAUACUCAUAUACUACUUUAAUAGUAAUUAGUAUUGGCUUUUGAAUUGAUAGUCUGUUGUAUUGGUUUAGAGUGAGUAUGAGAAGGGGAAAACUCCAUAGGAAGGGGUAAGCAUGAUUUGUGCUUAUUUACAAGUGAAAUAGAUGCUUUAAAGACGUUAUCUUUUUCUUUGGGUUCCUUUAAUAAAAUUAUCCUCACAAGUUAGUUGUCAGUGAUGUUUUUUUCUCGACCU